AUGGCCAACAUUGGAGGUAGCAAUGCCGUUUCCUCUGCUCAAGGGUCCCAAAUUUCCGACUCACCGACCACAGUCGAUGAUCGAUUAGACGAACACAAGGAGACUUCAACUCAAUCCAUCGACCACAGCGAAAACAUCACACAAAGUCCUACCUCUCUUCCAAAACCACCAGAUGAAAGUAACGCAACACCAGUCGGAUUCGGCAAGGAUGGCUGUCAGUCAGAUUCACAGGAGUAUCCGAAUUCCUGGAGACUUGCCGCUAUUAUGAUCGGGGUGUGUCUCGCUGUGUUCAGUAUGGCAUUGGACAAUACAAUAUUAGCCACCGCGAUUCCAAAGAUCACCGAUCAAUUCACCUCGUUGGGAGACGUUGGCUGGUAUGGGAGUGUUUACCCGCUGACGAAUUGUUGUCUUACCCUCGUCUUCGGCAAACUUUAUACAUUUUAUUCUACCAAAUGGGUGUAUCUUUCCGCGCUCGCGGUUUUCGAGAUUGGGUCUUUAAUCUGCGGUGCAACACCCAGCUCCCUGGGACUGAUUAUCGGACGCGCCAUUGCCGGCCUUGGUUCCAGCGGAAUAUACUUAGGUUCCAUGAUCAUACUUUCCCAAAGCGUGCCACUGCAGAAACGGCCAUUAUUCACAUCGUUAGUCGGUGGUUUGUAUGGAGUCGCCGGGGUAGCAGGGCCUUUAUUGGGUGGUGCUUUCACAGACUAUGUCUCUUGGAGAUGGUGCUUCUAUAUCAAUCCUUUAUUUGGUGCAGUCACAGCGCUCUUCAUUUUGUUAUUCUUCGAUGGGAAGGAACCAAUCAAGUCUCCUGGCAAGAUCAAGGAACAAAUUUCGCAGUUCGAUCUGAUCGGACUUUUCUUCUUCCUCCCUGGUAUGAUUAGCCUUUUGUUGGCGCUGCAGUGGGGAGGCCAACAAUAUAACUGGCAAAGCGGGCGUAUCAUCGGACUCUUUGUGUGUUCUAUCUGUCUGCUAUCGAUCUUCAUCGUGGUGCAGUGGCGACAGAAGGAGAAAGCCACCGUCACUUUGCGAAUGAUCAAAAACAAGAACGUCUGGGGCGCUUCCUUGUUUAAUUUCUGUAUAACUGGUUCAUUCCUCGUCUUUUCUUACUACCUGCCUGUAUGGUUCCAAAGCAUCAAAAAUGUGUCUGCAACAAAAUCAGGCCUGAUGAACCUUCCCAUGCUCUUAGGGGUAAUUUUAUGCUCCAUUAUCUCGGGAUAUGGGGUUGGCAGGAUAGGAUACUAUACUCCAUUCAUGUAUGCUGCGCCGAUUGUGUCCGCGAUUGGCGCCGGGCUGCUUUCGACCUUUCAAGCCAAUUUUGGGCCAUCGCAGUGGAUAGGGUACCAAGCCCUUUAUGGAAUCGGGCUUGGAUUGGGGUUAUCACAGCCCAUAGUGGUCAUUCAGGCGGCGAUUCCCCUGAUUGAUAUUCCCAGUGCAAUUGCAAUUGUCACAUUCAUACAGUCCCUGGGGGUUCCGUCGCAGAACGUCUUCCGAAACGAGCUCUUACGGGGAUUGGCCCAGAAUGCACCCAAAGUCGAUGCUCACAAGUUGAUCACGGCUGGUCCUACUACGCUUCGAUAUGUGGUCCCAGCAGAACUGUUAGAACGUGUGUUGGUGGCCUAUAAUUCUGCCAUCACCCAUGCAUUUUACGUCGGGGCCGCGUUUUCCGUACUAGCCAUGAUUGGAGCGCUGCCGAUUCAGUGGAUUUCUGUGAAGGGAAGAGAGUAA